CCCGGAAGUGACUGUCAGGAGGACCGGGACACGUAGCAGCAGCGGCGGCGGCGGCACCGGCACUGGUGAAUUAGUUGCAAUGUCUCAGUUUAACACAGAAUUCUACCCGACAAGUUAUCAUGUUGAUGACCAAGGCCAGAGUACCUAUGACUGCAGCGCUGCAGGGGAUCCUUCCCAGGACAGGCAGUAUAACAGUUACCCUCAGCAAGCCGGGUACGUGUACCCAACAAUGGCACAACAACCCUAUACAGGACAGAUCUACCAGCCAACACAGACCUUCACUCCGAGCUCGCCACAGUCCAUGUACGGCAACAGUUUUGAGGAUGAAGCCCCAUUGUUAGAGGAGUUGGGAAUUAACUUUGACCACAUCUGGCAGAAGACGCUCACAGUUCUCCAUCCACUGAAAGCCUCUGAUGGCACCAUCAUGAACGAGACCGACCUUGCCGGCCCCAUGGUGUUCUGUCUGGCGUUUGGAGCCACAUUGUUACUGGCUGGUAAAAUCCAAUUUGGUUACGUGUAUGGGAUCAGUGUCAUCGGGUGUCUGGGUAUGUACUGUCUGCUGAACCUCAUGAGCAUGACUGGAGUCUCCUUUGGUUGUGUGGCCAGUGUCCUCGGCUACUGUCUGCUUCCAAUGAUCAUCCUCUCCAGCUUCGCUGUCAUCUUCUCUUUGCAGGGAUUGCUGGGCAUUGUUAUCGCUGCUGUUGUUAUCGGCUGGUGCAGUUUGUCAGCCUCCAAGAUCUUCAUCUCCGCCUUGGCAAUGGAAGGACAGCAGUUGCUUGUGGCGUACCCUUGUGCUUUGUUAUACGGAGUCUUCGCUCUCAUCUCGGUUUUCUGAACGCGCUUGCGAACGGAAGAGAUCUCCACAGACUGAACUCGAAGCAAAACGAGCACCAAGGCCCCAGUCAACCCCAAGGGGGUCGAAAGCUUCCCAAAACUUCCCCCGCCGACAAAAUAAUCGAAGGCGCUUCUGAUUCCAGGCGUUUGAGGGAACAAUCGGACGAAUGAAAAACAUCUUGUGUUCAUAGAAUUUUUUUUAAGAGAAGCAAACAAAACACAAAUUGCUGCAUUAAAAAAUAUUCCCCAUUUCAGUGGUUGAAGUUCUCGCACGUGAUGAUUAGAAACUAAAAAUGAUUUCCCAUUUCCUUUGGUCUACAGGUGUUAGUAAUCGGAGGGAAAUGUUUUUGCCUGCAUCUUGUAACAAAGUUCAGCGUAGGGGCAAAUGUUCCCACCAGUGUACAGUGUGCCUGUACAUUUCAUUGGGAGGACUUUAUUGCGACCACCAGGAAGUAUUACUUAGAAGAUGGUAGAUUAGGGUAUAAACAGGCAAUGUCUGAUUCUCUGCAACUCAUUUCUAGUCCCUUAUUUAAUGUACUUCAUGUAUCUUAGCAGCAGGAAUUGAACACCGUCGCGAAAAAGUUGUAUUCCUAUUCCGUUCGUGUUCUUUCUGCUUAUCGAAUCAGUGGACCAUAACAUUCUGCCUUAGGGAGGGAGGGAGAGAGGGAGGGCAAGGGAUCAGAAUGUUCUACAUGUUUCCCAAUGUGUUUGGCCAAAGAAAGUUUCCAAUCCAAUUUGUAGUUAUUCCAUGCCCUGCUCCAUAAUAUAAAUAAAUGGUCAGUUUGCAGAUUAAUCACUACGCACACACUUGUAUUUAUCUGACUCAUGAAAAACAAGUAAUCCCAUUCCAGUUCCAGUCUGUAUGUGUCAGACGUUUUACUUUCGGUUUUUCUUUUACGAUGCUUGAUUCUAUUUCUUUGAACAUUAAAGUCUGGCCCUUAAGUUUAUAAUAAACUGUUUAAACCCCA